CCUUUCGCCUCGAAAAAUGGACUGAUAAUCAAUACUUUGAAACACAUUCAAAUAUGUGGUAUUCCGUCUUCGAGGCACGUCGUUAAUCAACAGCUCAAUAAUUGACGUCACCAGGUCACUGGUCAGUAUGCAUUCUCUCAGACGGUCAAGCGACCCCGUGCGAUAUCGUUUUGCCUCGCCCUAAAGCUACUGCCCUCUCCCUCAAAUUUCUGCCCCAUGUGCUUGGACCGAAGCUAGACACAGCCGAUCUCCUGGCUUAAGCAUUGUUUAACGUAGCCGUGCUACUCGUUUUCUUGGAUCUCUUCGCCCGAACUGCGAUCCACCCUCAACGCGGACAGCCUCCGAUCGAUCACUCUUUAAUGAUGAUCGAGGUUGAAAACGAGGAAGCGUCUCGGAAGUCGACUGUCUGGCAGUAAGGACCUCGUAUUCUACAUGUUGAAUAUCUGAUCAUGCAAAUCACGGUGCUGCGUAUCCAUAUGACGGGGCCGGCGAUCGCACGAACUACUCACAUUCUACUUUAAUAAAGAUGCUUUUAGGUUGGUGGGGCAUGCAAGCGAUGCAAAUUGCAGUUGGAAAACAAGCAACAUGCAGUCACCGAACAGCUAGAACGGAGAGUGCUUUUCCAAGUGAAGCUGGCCAACCGCAAGCAGUCGACAAAGAUGAAUUAAAGAACGUCGAGAAAUGCAGUCUCCCUGAGGCAAAGUGGCCAGAGACGCAGCCUUCGUGCCCCAGGACGGGAAAUGUUCAAUCUAUUCUAUACUCAAGCAUUCAAUCCAGAUUCCAUUUUUCUGUGUCCACAUGAAGAGCAGAACGACAAAGUUUAUGCGCGGCGUGGAUCACAAUUCCUUGCAAAGGUUAAAUAUCUUUGCAGUGCACUCCACAGCCCUUCGAUGCGGGGCUCGGUAUGCUGAUUUCAGGGUUUCAUUCCCCCGAGCUGGGUCAAAGGAGGUAUGGGUACCACUUGCUCCUUGACCUCGUUGUACAUGGCCUGGAAGCCGGUUAAAAAGUUGCCACUCAGAUAUCUUUGUGACGGGCAUUACUACCCAUUGUCGUAGGACCGACAAAAAUGCUUGCUUGGACAUUUGUGUACAGUUGACAGAAAAAUAGCCAUCCUGGUGCAGCCGUCUGGGGAAAUUCAUCGCACUGUCACCUUCAAGAACUCAUUCAAACUUUGAUCCGAUUGUCGUCACUUGUUCAUGAUAGUCUCAGACUAUGAACGUUUUGAAGCAGAAAUUCUUCUCUGCAAUGACCUUCGGUCCGUGUGGAAUGCGCAGGUCUCCCAGAAAAUCUCAACGUUCCCGCUGCUAUUCAUAAAGUAUAUUGCAACGU